UUGUGGUGCUGUUAUUGUAUUUUUCUGCAUUAUGUUUCUGUAUUAUUCCAAGGCAAUAUAUUCAUUUAGCCCGCAGAAGUGAUUUUUACUGUAAAUAUUUUGGUUAUUGUAGCAAUUGUGCAUUUGUUAGCAUUAAGAGAUAAAGGCAAUAAACACAUCUUUUAUUCUCAAAAUUAUUUAAAAUCUCUAGUGAAUUAAAAUAUUAAAAUCAACACCAUGCUGUAUCAUGUGGCUGAAAAAUGUCAUCAAAUGUAAAUAUUGCUGAUAGUUUGGGAAACUGUGCUGGACUGCAAAGUUACAUUUUGUUUCAUUUUUUUUAACAAAAGGCUUUUCACUUAUUCAGAUACCACAUCUUAAAAUCUGAGCCUGUGCUCAUAAUUUUGACGAUGGUCCAAGUUUUCUGAAUAGUUAAUUUUGCUCUCACCUUUGUCUUAUUGCACCUUGCUAAAGAGUGACAUUUAGAAAGACCCAGGCAAGGAUGAGGUCAUCCCAGAGUUUUAAAUGUAAAACAACUGGACGCAUUCUACUUUAUAAUGCAGCAAUGCAGCUCAAAGCAGUUGAUAUUUGUGAAGCAAUGCUGCUUGACAAGCGUGUUAUUUGAAGUCUAAUGAAUCUCAACAUUGAAAGCUGCAAUUCAUUUACUGCAAAUGUAGUUGUGUAAUAUUGUUACGGUGAGAAGACAGAACUUGUUAAUUUAAGACACCCCCUUAUGAUGAAUUAAAAACAUAGAAUCAUGCAAUCCUUCAUUACUUACAGUGUUGACACAUAUUUUACCUUGCAUAUUGACACCAGUAGUCUGUCAUCUCAUUUUCCUAUGAAAUUUAAGUAACGAUCUCAUGCUAAUUAGCUGUUUGGUUAUUGGUGUUGAUUGAAGCCACUUUGCAUAAUACCCCACAGUUGAAUUUGCAAGGGAAAAUUACUGCACUUGUUUAAAGGUAAAAUUGCGAGGGUGUUAUCUCCCAAAUGACAACUGAUAUCUUCUCUCUAUAAAGUUUCCUCUUUAUUGCAUUAAGGAAAGGGAAAAUUUUCAAGCUACAAAUAGUCUCUUUGUCAGAUACAGAGGAAUCAAACAAACUCAGGUGUCAAGUCUGGUCACAUUAGAAAAGCAACAAAUGCAUUGAACAUUUUCUGGCAUAUGACAAUGAACAGGGGCGUCGUUAGGCCAGCCAGGAUUAUAGCCAAGGAGUUUAGCUCAAACCACGUAAAUGAUGCACGGAGGGAAAUUGUAAGCACAGGUUGUUACAGAAUGUGGCUAUCUGUAGUUGUUAACGAUUGUUACCUGCUUAAAUUUAGGUUUACUUGAUGCAAAUGAAAGGGAAUACUGUAGUGGGCUAUGUUAACACUAAGCUAGCUAGCUAUUUUGUUAUAAACUGUCUCCAGUGAGCAAGAGUGUGAACGAGCGAAUUCGAAAUACAAGAAAUAACUAUCGACAUCUCUCUAUUCUUUGCAUUAAUGUAUCUCUCUUGUAUUUCGAAACAAUAAUAUCAGUCCCUAUAGAAUGUUGUUGUUUAUAAUCAGUUAAUGCUUGUGAAAACUAAAUGUCAUAGUGUCCCUCAUAACGCUAUUGUACCCGUAUAUCAUCCAAUUCAUUGACCAGAUGGAGAAUAUAAGAAGAUUCUUUGGGAUAGGUGGUGAGAAGCAGAAGACUGACAAGAAGAGCCGUUGGACACUGAAUGUCACCAUACUGCGAGCAGAGAAUGUCCUCUCCACAGAUUAUUCAUCGAAAUCAGACUGCUAUGUUACUGUGUGUCUCCCCUCAACAUCUGCAACAGUCUACAAGACAAAAGUUGUGGCAAACGUCAAAGACCCAGAGUGGAAUGAAACUUUUACAUUCAAGUUCAAUGAUGAUCUCAAGGGCACUCUCGAGGUGAACCUGUAUGAUAACAACCCCCUACAGUUUGACAACCUGAUGACCUCCCUAAAGCUUGAUGUCAGCAGUCUGGCUGUGGGAAAGAAGGAAACCAAGGACUUCAUCAUAGACCCUGAGGGUAAACUCUGGAUUGCCUUUGAGCUCCUGGAUAGUGAGAGGAAAUUUGUCAGUCCCUGCGGAGGUUACUCCACAAUGAAAGAAACUAUGUCCUAUUUGACCUUGAAUACCAACAUACUGAGAGCAGAAAAAAUGCCCCGCAAAGAUUUGUUCUCUGAAUCUGACUGCUACGUUAUCCUCUCUCUCCCCACGGCAACGGCAAAUGCCUACCGUACUAAAACUGUGUCGAACAAUACCAACCCAGAGUGGAAUGAAACGUUUACCUUCAGGGUCCCCACCCAUGUGAAAAACAUUUUAGAAAUGAAGCUAUAUGAUGACGACCCUUUGGCACGUGAUCAUCUGUAUGCCGAGCUUCUGUUUGAUGUCGCAAGUCUCACAAUAGGGAAGAAGGAGACCAAGGUCUUCCCUAUAAACCCAGAGACAGAGGGCACACUUCUGAUAGUAUUUGAGCUACUUCACAGUGACGACCCCCCUUGUGAAUAUCCCUCUAAUGGCACCGUGGUGGCUGCCCCGUUCUCUAUACUGGAUAUUAACAUUGACAAUCUACAAAUUGAUGACCAUUUGUGGAACAAGGUUCUGAAACUGAGGGGUGCCCAUCACGAGGAUCACAUACUUAAUACCAAGGAAACCCCAAAACCGCGUUUCUACAUCAACAGAGACUUGGAGACAGAACUAGGAGUGGCACACUGUGGUUAUAUCUAUGGCUCUGCUGCUCCAAUGGAAACUUCUAUUAAUCUCCAGCCACUACCAGCCAAACAUGCAGGCAAAGUGUCGCUUGUUAUUGACCAGGACACAGUGGAUUUAGACAUAGAAACAACUGAAGGUGAGGGUCUUGCAGUUCGUCUGGACUUUGACAUCCCAACUCAAGAGAAAGAGUUUCUGAAGAAGAGGGACGUUGUAGUGGCACAGGCUUUGCAGAAGCUUUUUGGAGCUCCAUCUGAUCCUAAAAAGGUGCCGAAGAUAGCAUUGGUGGCUUCAGGGGGAGGUUCCAGAGCAAUGACAGGCCUGCUUGGUAGUCUAAGAAGCCUGAAGGAAAUCGGAGUCCUGGAUGCUGUCAGUUACAUCACUGGUGUUUCUGGAGCCACAUGGGCUAUGUCUGCUCUGUAUCAGGAAGCUAACUGGUCACAUGAGGACAUGGACAGUGUUAUUUCAGCAGAGAAGAAACAGAUGACGAAGCAUGCCCUGAGUACCAUCACUCCUGAGAAUCUCCAUUACUACAGAAAAGAAGUUGCUGAGAAAGAGCAAGAGGGUUACACUGUGUCACUCAUUGAUAUGUGUGGCCUGAUCAUUGAGCAUGUUGUCUUUGGGAAGAAAGUCACCAAUACCCUGUCUGAGCAGCAGAGAACAGUGAAUGAAGGCCAAAACCCUUUACCCAUAUACACUGCCGUCAAUAUAAAGGAUAGGGUAAAGGGCUGUGAAUCUGAAUCUGAGUGGUGUGAGUUUACCCCCUAUGAGGUAGGCAUCCAGAAGUAUGGGGCAUUUGUCAAAACUGAGGACUUCGGGAGUCAGUUCUUUCUCGGUCAUAUGAUCAAGAAACUCCCAGAAGUCCGCAUCCCUUAUCUGAUCGGAAUAUGGAGCAGUGCUAUUUCUGUCAGCAUGACCCAGCUAUGGACGUUUGCUACGGGGUUCAAGCCUGUUUGGAGCACCUGGCUCGGACCAGAAGUCAACAACAUAGACGAUGACACUGAACCAUCAAAUCAGGACACAUACCUCACAAAUCCAACCACAGGUAUCGCCAGCGAUGUGACUGAUUUCUUCAGAACACGUCCAGUCAUUGCUGAAAUGUACAAUUUCAUGCGCGGACUCUUCAUGCACAAGGACUACAAUCAACAGAGCAACUUUGUUGCCUGGAAAGAAACACAUCCAGAUGCCUUCCCAAACCAACUGACACCCAGUGACCCCACUCUGUGCCUGAUUGAUUCUGGUCAUUCCAUCAAUAUUGCCUGUGUGCCUGUCCUGCGGCCAGAGAGAGAUGUGGAUCUCAUCAUAUCUCUGAGUUACUCGUGGGAGCCAGAGCACAUCUUCAAUGUCCUGUCGAAGACAGCUGCUUACUGUAAAGACCAUGACAUCCCCUUUCCCAAUGCUGACUUUGCCAGUCUGGAAAAGGAGCCUCAAAAGGAGUUCUACAUCUUCGAGGAUAAGGAGAAUCCCAAGGCCCCGAUAGUGGUUCAUUUCCCACUUGUCAAUGUCACGUACAAACACUUCAAACGCCCUGGCGUGAAGCGUGAGACGGAGGAAGACAUAAGAGCUGGGGAGGUGGAUGUAAGCAGCAGCAGCUCUCCAUACAUCACUAAAAACAUGACCUACUCAAAAGAGGAUUAUGAGGCUCUGGUGGAUCUGAGCUCUUAUAACAUAUCAAACAACAAGGAGAGCAUCCUUUCGGCUUUGUGUAAGGCCCAAGAGAGGAGCGCAUCCAAGUGAAAGAAGUAAAGGAUAAGAUUUAUCAAGCUUCUUUUUACAGAAACAGGUUUAUCUAUGUUGCCUCGACAAGUCACUGAUGUUUAUUCCCACACCUCUAUAUUAAAGCUACAGUAAUUAGGACACAGGAUAUUUACUCAACAACAUUAUAAACUACUGUUUUGAAAAUAAACAUCAAUGUCUUACAGUCUUGAUGUGGGACAUAAUAAGCUUCUCCAAAUUAGACCAACUUCGUACUUCCAGUAUAUCAUCUGAGGAGGUAGGAAGUAAGACUAUUUCAAAAUAAAAGCCAAGGCAAUAGAAUGACUGUAUGCAAGAAAGUCUUAUUUACAGUCUUAUGAUGCAAGCGCAUACCUGGGUAACAGAGUGGGCUGAUGGGAGUAUGUUAGCACCAGUAGUUGAUUAAAAUUGGUUUAAUAUUGUGCAGUUAUUCAGUUUUCGAUUAAUGAGUGCAUUGUUUGGUGCAACACAGUUCGUAAUAUAGUUUAAUAUAAGGUAUAAUUGUGUGUGCAGAGUUGUUGCUGUUAGUGCUGGUAGCUGGUAUUUAAUUAUCGACUGUUUCUUCUGUUGCUUGACUAAAUGCAGAGCUUGGACUGGAUAAGGAGACAGAGUGAAAGUGUUUACUUUCUCUCCCCGUAGAUGGCAAUAUGAGUGUAGUGAAAUCAUAGAUUUAGAUACAUGCCUGUGUCUUUGCUAAAUAUUUGGCUUAUACAGAUGGCUUUCAUGCUGUUUAUUUCAUUUGGUAUUGGAUGUUUAUUAGGGGUGUAACGGUUCACAAAAUUCUCGGUUCGGUUCAA